UUAAUCAGAUGCAGGUCACCUAUGCAACCUGGACUUGGUCUUCUCACAGCCUCCGCUGCCUGAGACAAGUUUUAUUCCAUGCAUAGAGGUAUAUUAUACGCAUGUCGCUGUUCAUUUCUUCAAGUCCGGCACUGUGAGUCUUGGUAAUCGGACUUCCGGCAUGGCUCUUUAUUUUUCUUGUUUUUUUCCGAAUUGAACACUCUAGCCUGUUGGAGAAGGGGUAUAUAUUCCUGCCUUUGGACUGGUUCUGUCCCUCUUCUCCUUUCCCUUCGUUUCGUGUUUCACAACCCAAGUACAAAGACAUCAACCUCGAGACUCUAUCGAAAAACGUUCAUUGUCAACGACUACCUUGAUCAACUGCGGAUUUUAAAAAGCGACAAGAUGAUGUCUCUCUUUUUCGUUUUGUCAUGCUUCUUGUUGGCCAUGGUGCCAACAGCAUUCGGGAAUCACGAAACGGCCCGGCCUCUCACGUCGCCCCCCUUUGUUGCAAAUAUCUCGGUUGAUGGAGACAAGUCGGUUACUCUCAAGGUGACAACUGUCACCUAUAUCAGCGCCAAGAACUCUACCACGGUGGUGCCUAUUUUGACUCUGUCGACCGUGGUUGAAGAAAUCGCCCAAGAGUCUGUUGCUGGCCUCACCGUUCCAGCUUCCCCUGCCUCAGAGACUACGAGCGCACCUACGCCAUCGGACAAGCCUAGUGUUCACGUUCGCGACUGGAACGCCGCCGAACGAACAAGAAGAGUCAGUCCCUCGAACACGUUUACCACUCUCUAUGGAGCCAGAAAGCCGUCCAACCCUACGAACGGUCCCCCCAUCACUCGGGCCAUACGAGAUUUUCCGUUUUUGGGGAAAACAACCCUCGUCGGAACCCGCGAGCCGUCCAGCCCUACGAACGGUCCCCCCAUCACUCGAACCAUACGAGAUUUUCCGUUUUUGGGGAAAACAACCCUCGUCGGAACCCGCGAGCCGUCCACCAUGACGCACGGCAAUCGAAUUCGCGAGAACCCAGACGGAAUGGACCCUAUCCAAGCCCGCAGCACCUUGUCUACCUCGACCUCGACCACCCUCCCCCCUGUCCCGGACGCCGAAACCCCUUCUGCUCUCAACCUGGAACCCAAGGGGAGCGACAUGGAAAACAAGGACAAGGCCGAGAAUGUGUACCUUGUUUUGAAGGAGGACAGCUUCGGGGAUUUUCUGAAGCACGUCAUUUGCUUUUUUGAUGUUUACUGUGAUGACGAUGCCACCGAUGAAUGGAAGAGAAAGAAGAAAAUAUUUGAGGACCACUGGAUGGUGGAGCCAAUCGCCGCGGCGACGGCGAAGACGGCGGGUCCCACCCCUGACCCUUCUUCGAUGGCCACUACCUCUUUAGCCUCUUACUCUAGCCCUACCUCUACCCCUACCUCUGCCUCCUCUGCACCGACCCUUGACCAGGACCCGGAACCUCAUGCAAAGAGGAGUAACAACACCGACAACGCCGACAACAUUGUCACCAACGAGAUGGGCAACAUGAAUGUGAAUGUGUCACAUGCGACGGAAGGCUUCUGGGAUGGUGUCGCGGAAGGGGCCCACAAGUUUUUUGAUGGUGUCGCGGAAGGGGCCAGCGAGUUCCCUUGCUGGUUUCUUCCUUUUACUUGUCAUCAUUGAUGGCAGCAUAGCGGCUGAAUCGGAGAAAUGGACUGCAGGCAAAGGGAGGGGUGGGGGAAGAGGCAGCGGGCAUGCAUGCGCUGGGAACAAUCGCAGAUGAAUACAGCCAAGGGUAACGGGAACAUGAAGGGAAGUGCGAAUCUUUUGAUGGCAACUAUGUAGAGGUAGAGGUAGUAGCUUGGGCCCUAUUGAGGGCACUGUUACCUACCUCCAAUGGAAUCUGCCACAUUGAGUUGGUAAUGCCCCUGGGAUAUAACGACGAGGGCUUGUGUAUGUUUGAUUUGAUCACUGGUGGGAAUACAGGUUACAUGCAGGAUGUAGGCUUGGGGAGUUGAGCCGCGUGUGACUAUGGGCUCUUUGGAAAACGGAAUCUGCGACUUGCUUGAUUUUUAGUUUGGUUUAUCUGAAGGACACGGAGAGCUUGCAGUGCCCUGAUUUUGAGAUUGACGAAGAAAGAUUGGAUACAUGUAUUACAAGGGAGAAAGCCCAAGUGUACCUCUUGUGAGAAUGAUUUCG